AUGGUCAAACCGGGCAGCUGUAAACCGGACUCACCGGCUCAUACAUACGUGGAGUAUGAUGUCAUGACCGGUCAAUGUUCCCAGCUCCAAGUUCCAUGUGGAUCUUUCACCUUCUGGCCUGGUGAGACGCCCAUCGACUCGGGAAGCCGAUCCGACAUCAACGUCAGCAACGAGCUAAGAAGACUAAAAAGAUAUCGUCUGUUUGGCCAUGAAUGGCAUGAUCUUACACUGGCCGUAUCCCACAUGGGCUUUGGCAGUUGCCGAUCGACCCACAUCUAA